UGGGCAACGGCUUCAGCGCCAGUGCUACGCAGGCUUACGCAGUCCUGCGCAGGCGCGCCAGCGGCAAGCCCUAAAGGGCUGCGGAGUCCCUCGUAACCGGCCGCGCAACUCACAGCGGCUGACAUUGGCGGCUGCGGGAGCACAGAAAAGCGGUUGGCGCUGGCGCUGGCGCUGCCGCCACCGAGGGAGGGACAGGGGAAGGUUGACGCUGCCUGGGAGGGUGGGCAGGAGCGAGCGAGGGAGUCUCGGCUUUGUUGUGCUGCUUUUUCCUCUCUGCCCGUGGAGGCUGAGCGCCGUGCAGGAGGACGGAGCCUGCUGGGCGGGUCUCCCACCUGCCCAUUGCUAUGGCCGGCUCCGAGCAGGACGGCGACACCGGAGAGGCGUCGCCUCUGCCCAUCGAGGACUCCGAGUUGGCGCUGGCCGGGAUCAAUAUGCUGCUUAACAAUGGCUUCCGGGAGUCUGACCAGCUCUUCAGGAAAUACAGAAACCAUAGUCCUUUAAUGAGCUUUGGGGCCAGUUUUGUCAGUUUCUUGAAUGCCAUGAUGACUUUUGAAGAAGAAAAAAUGCAGUUGGCAUGUGAUGACUUAAAAGCUACCGAAAAACUCUGUGAGAGUGAAGAAGCAGGAGUUAUAGAAACAAUAAAAAAUAAAAUAAAGAAGAAUGUUGAUGGCCGAAAGGCUGCCCCAUCCAUGAUUGAUCGACUGCAGAGACAGAUCAUUGUAGCAGACUGUCAAGUUUAUCUUGCGGUGCUUUCUUUUGUGAAACAAGAACUGUCGGCUUAUAUAAAAGGUGGGUGGAUCCUUAGAAAAGCUUGGAAAAUCUACAAUAAAUGCUACACAGAUAUUAACACACUUCAGGAAUUAUAUCAGAAGAAGAAAACUCAGGAAUCAUUGACUUCCUAUGCUGCAAAUGAUAAUCAUAUUGCUGCAGAAGGUGUAACGGAGGAUUCACUAAACCGACUGAAAGGUGCUGUUAGCUUUGGAUAUGGACUUUUUCAUCUUUGCAUAUCCAUGGUGCCCCCAAACCUGCUCAAAAUCAUCAACCUGCUGGGUUUUCCUGGAGACCGCCUGCAGGGGCUUUCUUCACUGAUGUAUGCAAGUGAAAGUAAGGACAUGAAGGCCCCUUUAGCUACAUUAGCCUUGCUGUGGUACCAUACUGUGGUUCGUCCUUUUUUUGCUUUGGAUGGCAGUGAUACUAAAGCAGGAUUGCAAGAGGCUAAAGAGAUUCUUCAGAAAAAAGAAGCUGCUUAUCCAAACUCAUCUCUUUUUAUGUUCUUUAAGGGGAGAAUACAGCGUUUAGAGUGUCAAAUCAACAGUGCCUUGACCUCCUUUCAUACUGCGUUGGAACUUGCAACUGAUCAGAGAGAGAUUCAGCAUGUCUGUCUCUAUGAAAUUGGGUGGUGUAGCAUGAUAGAAAUGAAUUUCAAGGAUGCAUUUGAGUCCUUUGAGCGACUUAAAAAUGAAUCAAGAUGGUCCCAGUGCUACUAUGCCUAUUUGACAGCAGUGUGUCAAGGAGCCACCGGUGAUGUCAAUGGUGCUCAGAAUGUGUUCAAGGAAGUCCAGAAGCUCUUUAAAAGAAAAAACAAUCAAAUUGAGCAGUUUUCUGUGAAAAAGGCAGAUAGAUUUAGGAAGCAAAAGCCGACCAAACAGCUCUGUAUAUUGGCAUCCAUUGAAGUAUUGUAUUUAUGGAAAGCUCUUCCAAACUGUUCCUUCACAGACCUACAGCACAUGAGUCAAGCUUGUCAUGAAAUUGAUGAUUCCACUGUUGUUGGUUUAAAGAACUUGCUACUUGGGGCCAUACAUAAAUGCUUAGGAAACGCUGAAGAUGCUAUUCAGUUUUUUCAGAGAGCCCUUAAAGAUGAAUUAUGCCGCCAAAACAAUUUGUAUAUUCAACCAUAUGCUUGCUAUGAACUUGGCUGUCUUUUGUUAGAAGACCCACAGACCGUACCAAGAGGCAAAACCUUACUGCUCCAGGCAAAGGAGGAAUUCACAGGGUAUGAUUUUGAGAACAGAUUGCAUGUCCGCAUACAUGCAGCAUUAGCCUCUCUGAGAGAAGUGGCCCCACAGUGACGGACAGGAAGCUUCCACUCUUCCUUUUCACAGGUUCUACACUCAGAACAAAAUUGUUAGGAAGACCAGAUCUUCUUCUGAAAAACCACCUGUGCCAGAGAGACUUAUCCAUGCCAUGUAGAGUUGGUCACAGAAAAAUGUUAUAAUCCUCAACAAAUUAAGGACAAAAUUAGCCAAAACUUUAAGUAACCUAGGAAGCAAUCCAGUAGCAACUUCUCUUACAGAAGCUCUAAUUAAAUGAAUUGGAGCUGGAGGUUGUCUACCUCCUGGGAUUUGUGCUGAGGGGUUUGCGCUGGACAACUGGCCUAGGUUUGGAAGUCCUUGCAUUCCAGUGCUUUUGGGGUGUGUCUUUUUUUUUAGACAAGCUGAACAUAUUUAGCUUUGUACAAAUGAGCCUACAAUAAGCACACUUUGAUUUCUAUAAUAACAUUGAGUCAGUUUCUGCAAAAAAAAAUUCCCGAUUUUGAAUAGAUUUAUUCUUUUGUAGAGGGGAACCAACUGUUUGUUGAAACAGUACUGUGUAAUUAUUUCAAACUGUACAUAGGCAGAAAUAGAUAUUAUUUUAUUCAGAGGCCAACAAAAAUGGAGCUGGAAAAAAGCAAGCCUGGCUCACUCACAGCACAGCAAACCUGUUCAUUUAAGCCUUUUUUGAUCAUUCACAUGUAUGUAACAAAACCUGCCCCCAUAUUUAUGUUAAAUUGUGUGAAGAUUUAGAAAUUUCUAUUUUUCAGCCAAAUGUUUAUUUUUAAACCCUUAAUAAUUGUGUUAGAGGCAUUUUAUAUCUGUUUUAAAUGGUACUGUACUCUACUAGCUUUGCUGUUACAAGGUGUUUACAAAUUAUCACUCGUAUCGCUAAAACUUAAUGUUAAAUAUAGUGGGACUUGCAUUAUGGCAUUCCAAUCCUAUGAUGUCACUAUUCCAGUUUUAGAACUUUUAAAGUAACGUAACAAUGUACAAUCUCACUUACCUUUUCUAGGUUGUCACAUAUUAUUUUGGUGUGUUAUUUUUAACAGAUUGGUUUUUUUAAAAAACACACCACUUUUUGGAAUAGCAGUUUUCCUAAAUUCUUGGGAAUUGUAUAAGUUUGUAAAACUAGAGUAGUUCACCUUUUUCUUUCAGAGUAGUAACAUCACCUUACUUUCACUUCUGUUAACCGCCUAUAAACUCUUAUUCUGGCACCCUCUGCAAAAUGCUUAUCUUGUCUGCACUUCACCUGACUGACUAGCUCCAACACUUUCUUGGUGUAUGGAGAGGACAAAUCUAUUGGCCUGAUCUCAGUGCUCAGCAGGUCUCCAGUGAACACAUGGAGAUACAUAUAAGCAGGGGGUUCCACAUUCAUCUCCAGCACUGACUGCUACUCUGUAUGGGGUGAUACGUAUAGAUCAUUCCUCAGCCUGAAUAGGCCCACUCCUUGAACCGUCAAGUAUGCACUAUGGCUGUGAAUUGGAUUGUCUCUCUCACUUUUGCUGUCUGGCUACUGAAAAGCACUUCAUGUCAAGUAAAUCUGCUGCCUUCAAAAAAUAGAGAAGUAGUUGAAUAUUAGGGGAUGUAACAACAACUUUAAUUUUUAGUAAUGUCAUGCUGUGAAAAUGUUUCUUUAGGCUUGAUUAUCACAUUAAAUGUAGAUUGUUUUGGGGAAGCCUUAUUCUCAACUGGUUGACAACUUUCUGUUGUUGCAUUUUGUAGACAUGGGAUGUUUGCUCUCAUGUUUGCACAUGCAUGAAAACAUGGCAUGAUAGCAUAUGUGUUUGGCUCACUGAAAAUGGCAGGAUAUGCCAUUCUAUUUCUUGGCUUGGAGUUCAAAGACCUGUUGGGAUCCUUGCAAUACAUUUUCAUGCUAUGCAUAAUAGGGAUUGUAGAAAGGGGUAUGGGGCAGGAUAACCAACAAUAGCAGUGCUACAGCAAGAGACUGCAGUUGCCUUGCAACAGGGUUGUUUCACCUUUGACAGCCACACAGGAAGCCAGUGAGUAUAAGACAUAAUGGCAGCAUGUCUGUCCCUGCACAUUCAUAGGAUAUGAGGAUAAGCUUUCAGUGUUGAAUUCAUAAACAGGAGCAACAUUACUGCAUCUGCAAAAUUUAACAGAACUUAGCAGAGGAAAUACUUCUUGAACAAGCAAGAGAGGGUAGUGAAAGCUAUGUACCUGUGUGAAAGUAAUUUUGGCCACUGAUUGCUUAUGAGACACACACACACACACACACACACUUUUCUGCUACCUUUUGUUAAUUGGUACAAUCAAUUUACCUGCAAUCCUUUUUUAGAGAUGAACCACUAAAUAAAAUCAGGUCAGCAUCUUAGACUAUUGUAGGAUUAUAAGUGUAUUUUGAGUACACUUGUGCCAGUUUACAUGACUUGAUUACACACCAAUAAAUAUGUGAACAAGUUAGAAAACACUUGUACUGGAAUGUUGGGGUCAUAGGAGGGCCUCCUCACUAGUAUCUAGAUCAUAAAUAAAACAGUAGUGACAUAAUGGGCCUGUUGCUAUUACAGCCAUCUGCCGUUUUCAAAUGCUUUAAUCUUGCAAGCAAAAUAAUCUUGCCUUGUACAUUUGACAAUGGCUCAGUGCCACAUCCAGCCAUGUAUUUCCCCCUCUCCCAUUCCUCUCAUGCACACAUAGAAGAAACCUCUAUCUUGUAAAUGUCAAAGGUAUUUUUAUAUUAGAUUAUGCCAGUGAUGAGAAUAAUAUACUGUAUUUUAUGUAAUCGGAAUAAGUUUUUAUACUUUAUAGCUCGGAGGCAUGGUCUAAUAGCAAUAACAGAGUAAGCAUCUCAUGGUUUAAUAUAUAUAUUAAGAAUUUACCAGGUCAGAUAUCUUUUUGUUUAUGAUGCCUUUUAUUGCAUUAUGGCUUACAUAAAAAUCAAGUUGUUCACUUGAAGUAUCACUUUACAUUGUUUACUUUGGUGUGCUAUAAAUGUCAUUAGUUUACAGAACCUGUACUUUAAAAAUAUUUCUGUUGAGUAAAUUAAGAACAAGAUUUGAGGGUUUUUCCCUUUUUGUAAUUACCUCUCAGUUAAGUAGCUUUCUGUUGAUAAAUAUGCAUAGUUUUUCACGGGUAUCUGGAUGUUUAUCAAAGUGAAUGAUGUCAUUUGUGGCCAGAUUUGAUGUGAUACAGGUGGAGUGUUUUCCAAUAGUUUUUUGUUUAAUGCAGUUGCAGGGGCAUUAAUUUAAUUGGGAGGAGGAGGUGUUUAACCUUCAGAUCAAUAUCCUACCUGUCUGCUACAUGCACACACAAACACACUGCUUUCCCCCCCCCUUGGGGGAAACAGAUACUAAGUCCUGUUACCUUCCCCCCCCCAUGAGUGGGAAAGCAGCAGAAAUUUUGAUCUGGGGAAAGAGUGAAGUACCCCUGCUGCUCUAUUCAAAUAUGGAGCUUCACCUACCACAGCUGCAUUAAAGUUUAAAAAACAAUCACAUCAAAAUUGUUGAGAGAAUUUGUGUCAUGUCUACUUUGGGUCUGUAGGCCUAAUUCUCUGAGGUGGUAAGCCUGUCUGGCCUCUUGUCUUUUCAAUCUGCAGAUGUGGACUCGCAUGAUUAAAUGCUCCUCCAUAUUUAAUCCAUGAAAUGUUCCACCUCCAAAUAGAAGACUAGCUUCUCCCGGAAAAAAAAAAUCUAACCUGGAAUCCUUUUUCCUUAUACCUAGUUUUCUUUGCACAGCCCUGGCCCUGGUUUAUCACCUCAGUGAGAACUAAGCAGUUUUUUCUGAGCUGCAGGAACCUGAAAGUUCAUUCUUCAAUCAUGUUUUAGUUUCUCCAGGUUCGGCAGAUGAAGUACUUGUACAAUAUUUAGCUCAGAACCGAUUCAUCCUUGAGUAGAAAUAAUCAGAGUACAGAAUACAUAUGCUGGUGUCGGUUGAAUGGUAUGCCUGCAUUUAAAUUGCUGGUUUCUCCCAAAUAGAAGGGUGUAAUCCUUUUCCUAUAGCUUUUUCCAUGUCUACUGUAGGGAAACCCAGCUAUUUAAUAGUACACAUGCAUUCACAACUGAUGCACUACCAUAUGUCUUAUGUACUUGGGUGUGGAUCUCAAUUCAGCCUGUGAUCAGCUCGCAGUUGUCACUUGGACAACAGCAUUUCAUGUGUGCUGCAAAAACAUUUCCCUUGCAAAAUCUGUACUUGUUUACUCUUUAAAAAAAAAUGUUUUUCUUAAAUUAAAUUAAAAGAUGUACUCGUUUUUUUCCCCCUGGAACAAACACUUUCUGUUCUGACAUGAACUUUCAAUGCUUGUUUCUUAUUCUCUCCAUGUUUGUUUUUAAAUAAAAUCUGUAGAACAUCA